CUCCUAUUCUGUCUUCCUCACUCUGUCUUGUUCCUUUCACACUCCUCUCAAUUUACCAUUAUAACCCCUUAGUCACCCCCCUCUCUCUCUCUUUCUCUAACCAUAAAUGCUUCUUCUUCUACUUGUCUCUGUGUUUCUUAUCAUAGUCUUGUUAUUAUUUCCCUAGACCCAACCUCUGUUCUGUUUUCAAAAUCUUCAACUUUCACUAGACCCACAUGAAAGUUUCUACUGUAUGGUGAAAACUCCUGAAUUAGAAAAACCAACAUGAUCACUAUCUACAAUCUUACCUUUCUUCUCCUUGUUUUCAUCUCCCCACAAGUCUCAUCCUCUCUUCUUCAACCUGUCCAGCCUCCGAGUUCUCCUCAAGUGGCUUUGGUAGAAGUCAAAGCAAGACUAGGUUCUAGACCACCGAGCUGCCAUAACAGAUGCAAUGGCUGCCAUCCAUGCAUGCCCACUCAAGUUCCCAGUCUCCCUAGUCGCUCCCGAUUCACCCGAGUUGGCCCGUUCUCCGGUGGAUUUGUACGGCCUCCUUCCUCACAAACCACCGUUCUCGGUCAGUAUUCUAACUACAAGCCCAUGGACUGGAAAUGCCACUGCCAUGGCCAUUUUUAUAAUCCUUAAAUCUUCAUCAUCCUCUGGUUUGAUCAUUUUUUAGUUAACAUUGCUUUUUGAAUUAUUGAGAGUAGAAGUGUCCUUUGGAUUCUUUGUACAUAAUCAAAAAUUCUCGAUUAUUGCAUUUGCAGUAACUACUUA